AUGUGCAGUGUUCUGGGAAUAGAAAGAAGCGUGACAGCGGCGUAUCAACCACAGACAAACGGGCUGAAUGAGAAAACAAAUUAUAAUAUUAAGAGGUAAGUUUAAUUCACGUUUAGUUUUCAUUCAGGGUUUUAUUAGAACUUUGCUCCACAGGAUUCACUUUUAAGUUAUUCUUACAUUCCACUUGUUUAAAAAAAAAAAAAAAAAAAAUUCCUACUGUAUUGUGUGUUACCAUUUAAACAAUUUGUUCUCCAGCUGUCAAAUAUCGUUCUGCCGGAGGAGAAGAAUUACAUAACAUAACGCUGGAGAAUAUAGCUAAGUCGCAGGAAAAGCAUAAGGUAGCAUAUGCGAAGAGAAUGCAGAAGAAACAGGGAUUUACACUACAGUGUUGGUGUACAGUGUUGGUGUAAAGUUCUCCUUUACAAUAUGAGGAAACGUGGUAGAAAAGGAGGAAUGAUUGAGCUUGACUUCCUUGGCACUUAUAUCAUCAAGGAGCUGUGUGGCAAUAUGGUUAAGUUGGCAAAUCCUGGACCUCUGUGAUUCAAUUUGCCCCAAAGAGAUAAGAUAGCACUAUGGAGGUACAACCAAACUCCCUACCUAAAUAGCUAGCAGACCCCUAUAUUGCAUAUAGUGCACUUAUUCUGUAUCUUCAGCAUAUUCUUUUUGCACUAUAUUCCAAAAUGUAGUUGCUUAAGUUUUAUAUUGGUUGUUUUUGGUUUUUUUAAAGCAGUCUGCAUCUUUGAAUUUACAGCAGAGCAUAGAAGACAGGGGUCGCAUUUGCAAAGAUCUUCAUUUUCUUUUUUGAAAUUGUUGGUCAUUUAAUUGGCCAUGCCCUGUUGCCUUUGAACAUAGGUGGUUUUGAUUUAGGAAUAUUUGCAAAUAUGAGGAGAGCUCAUGCAGAUUGGAUGGUGAAUUUGGAACCAAUGCUUUUGGAUACUUUAGAAUUUGAAGAAAAGGCAUACUUGACCGGUAUUGGCUUUUGGCUCCAAUAGUACAAUAACAACUGCAGUUUAAGUUUCUUGUUUUUUGCUCUCCAGUUAAAUGGCUGUGGAGUGCUAAAGCUGACAACUCUGUGGAAGCCAUUGUCGGACAAUACAAACUGUAUAACUUGUCAUUCAAAACACUGCAUGGGACAGGGUGGCUGGUUGAUGAGGCAAGAGUCUGCAUAGUUGAAAGUGUAUAAAAAGCAAAAAUCUCUUAAACUUUUUUUUAUUAUUUUUCUCUCUCUAAUGCAGGUGAUUGAUGCAUACCUUUAUCACCUGAUUGGAAAGCACAAGGCAAGUGUGAAUUAGUGCAUGCUUGUGUUGUGUUUGUUGUAUUGUUAUUCUACAUUAUAACUUGUAACGUAUCCCCUAUACGCCGGCUGAGUAUAUACGCAUAGAAUCUCCCGACAUCCGAGCAUAGAAGUUGAAGUGACUAUAACUCCCAAUCCCCCAAAACAUGAGCCAAGACUUCAUGAAGGGGUAAAGCAUUCUGUUUAAUGGAAGCCACAGCUGGCCUUUUAUGCAAGUCCUCAAGCAAGGUGUACAGCCACAUGGGCCUUGUUUGGGACAGGGACACAAAAACAAUAACAAGGUUACAAAGUGUGACACUCCCAAUACAAAUACAAUCCCUCCUCUGAAUCAGGAAGAUAAUUUAGUUAAGUGGCUGGCUUAAGCUCAAUUAUCUCCAAUUACAGAAAAUAUUCACUUAAAACUUUACAAAAACACUUUAAAAUCCAAAAGUCAUUUCGUGCAACUGAAACUCCAUAGAUAGCUUGGAUAUGAGAGCACAACAUAUCUGAAAAGAGCUCAGAUCCCACAAACAUAGUUCAAUCACCACGGGGCGAGGGGGAGAAGAAUUGACUGACCAGAAAUAGUUCCAUAGCUUCAUGGGUAGCAGUCAGUCUAGUUUGAGAGUUUUUAUACGGAAUGACAUGGUUUACGAAUAUAAAGGGCAAAGGGGUGCCCUGGCUCAUAGUGUGGGGUUUGUUCGGGAGUUCUCGAAUAAUCGGUCGAACAGGGUUCUCCUGGCUUGCCACAACUAGAAGCAGGCAUUCGUAUGUUUUCCCCAGUGUUCGGGCCGUCGAGUGGCCACCUCAGAGUUCCAGACACUCGACGACCAAGUCCCGCUGCCUGCUUUUGUGCAACAAGAUGGCGUUCGGUUACGCGAACGGCGGCCACACAAAGAGCACUGAAUUCCUGUGGUUUGUUUGAACUUAAUGAGCCAAGGUGUGACCAGUGUUCGGUACGUAGUUUUUUUUCGAAUGAAUGGGAAAUAAAUUAUUAACAAAAUGUCAAAACAGAGUAGAAGAUUGACUCUGGGGGAAGGCAAAAUAGGGAUUUUGUCACAUAACUCUUAAUCUUUUAAAACAAGAACCUUUUCACCAGUUGUAUGCAGUAAUUUCAUCAGCAUUAUUUUUAGGAAAAUUUGAUAGACUUGGAAAGCUUAGUUAUUUGUCUCAAUACCAGCUAUUCAUACACACAUUAACAAAAAUAAAAUUUAAUUUUCUCAUCCCUCCUGGGUGGUAUGUUUAUUCCUCAUUCUCGGGUCCACUACCAGAGGCAUGGGAGCUUGAGGGUUCUGCACAGUAUCUUAGCUGUUCGUAGAACUGCACUCUUCUGGACAGAUCUCAGAUGUCCCACCUGUAAUCUGUUGAAGCCACUCCUCCAACUUGAGAGUCACAGCCCCCGUGUGCUCCCAUCACAGCUGGGACUACUACUGCAUAUACAUGUGUCAAUGCAUUGUUAAACACAGAUCUACACACACCUGUCAAACCAUAAGAUUUUCUUUUCCCACAGAAAUCUCAAAUUUGCAGUGGUGUUACUACUGCAAGGCAUUCUGGGUAAGCAUAUGCUAAUUAAUUCAGCAAAGAAACUCAGUCAAUUUAAAAAAAAUAUAUAAAAUACAAACAAAAUGUCUGAUUUCUCCAUAUUCUUCAGAUGAGGAUUCCUGGGGAAGAUCUCUGGUUAUACCCUGUGAACUUCAGAGCUCACUGGAUUUUAGUGGUAUUCUAGGACUACAUUAACCUUUCUUUACUUGUGUUAUGUGCGGUUAGAAUUUAUGUAAUUUCGUUACAUACACAGAUAUUUAACUACAUCCCUAUGAAAUCGCAGAACAUAUGCUUUAUAUACCAAAAAUUCAUAUCAAAGAAAAUUGAGUGUUUUCCCCAAAAAAAUUUUAGAUUGUCACGUCAAAGGUUAUUGUGCCAACUGACCCACUGGGACAUGAACAGAACUAUCUUUUGAAAGUACAACACAACUGGAGGCAAGCAUGCCUUGGGAAAAAAAAAAAAAAAAGUUGUGCAAGGUGUUUUCACUUUUUUUUUUCUUUUUUUAAUAGUAUGCUCUUGAAUAUGUAUAUCCAUGAACAACAAGGAGCCCAAUGGAAUACCCAUAUAAUGCAUCACAGCAACCAGCAGGAUUCCAGCAGCUGUGGGAGUUUUGAUCUUGAUGGUAAACAUUCUUGUACAGAGUGAAGCGAACCCAAACUGUGAAGUUCGGGUUUGUACCGAACAUUACGAUUUUUGACCCCGAACAUUUCAGUAACAGUUCGGCGAUUUUUUAAAUUUAAAUUGUUUUUCAGAUAAAGAUACAGCAUGUAAUAGUUCAAGUGUACAAGUAGGAUACUGAGAAAACCAUGAGUCAUUAGGACUGGUAUAGCAGUACAGUAUGACAUUUGCAAUAUAAUUACAGCAUGUUACAUAAUGCGGUUAUUUUAACAACUAAUACACGAUAGUAUACUACUAUAACAAGGAGUUCUAAGUUGUACAUAAGUAGUCUGUAGAUACUAUACACGAUAAAGCUCCUUGUUAAAGUAGUCUGUAGAUACACGAAGAUAAUUGUUAAGUGGCUAUUGCCUCGGUAUGUUCAUUAUAAUAAUUCGACUCUUUACUGCAUCUUUUUGUCAUAGUGACAGGUCCCUGUGUCAAGUAUAGUUUUUAUGUGCUGAGGUUUUGCGAGUUCGGCGAUUUAAUGGCGUGUUUUGAAAAGCUGCAGGGCAGCCAAUCAACAAGCGUUUGACUCGUGUGCCCGUAGACGCCAUUACAGCCAUGCCUACUAAUGGCAUGGCUGUGAUUGGCCAGUGCCGCACGUGACCCAGCCUCUAUAUAAGCUGGAGUCACGUAGCGCCGCACGUCACAUGAGCGCUUAGUGUAGGGAGAGAAUGCUGCAGCUCUGAGGAACAGAUUAGGAAAGAAUGCUGGUUGCAAACUACAGCGAUUAUUUUUGUGGGUGCUAUACUACAUUUUUGUACCCUGCCCUGAGCCCAGUGCCACAGAGAAAUAAGCAGUCUGUUAGGUGGGCACUGGCAACUGCAUGUGUGCCAGGCACAUUACUUUAAUCCUGUUCUGGUAGCACAGUGGGCAACAUCUAGGCAUUUUUAAAUACUGCUGUGACAUUGCAGUUUGACAAAUUCUAAUUUUUUGGUGCUAAAACGUAAAUUUGGGGCGUGCACUUCAGAUCUGAGAGUCAAAUCGAUCCGUCAAAUACUGUGGUAACAUCGCACUUUGAAAAAUUCUUUUUUUGGUGAUAUAGUACAUUUGCGGCCUGCGGUGCAUUUCUUGCAGUCCAAUAAAACCGUUAAAUACUACUGUUACAUUGUUUGACAAAUUCACAUUUUUUGAGACAGUGAAGUAACUAUUAAUUACACCCGACACUGUUGUGUGACAUCUAGAAAUGUUUUUCUCUUUAGGACACCGGCACUGCCUUACUUCAGCGUUAUUUGGUAGGCCCGAAUGCCGCUCUACAAAUGGUGAGGACACAACAAGUACAGGCUAUAGUAGAUUGGGUGGCUGACGAACUGGAGGCACUGUUCACAUUGUCUCCCACUCGGCCCCCUGCAGCCCAUGGCCAUCUGUCUUUCACCUCACCACCUUGCAAAUCAGCCAAGCAGUCUGAGCCACAAGUCAUGCAGCAGUCUCUUAUGCUUUUUGAUGACUGCUGGCGGGGUUUCUGUGGGCCAUCCACCGAGCCCUGCCCCAGAAGUGGAAAAGAUUGAGUGCACUGAUGCACAACCAUUUAUGUGUCAGGAUGUGGACAUGCAAGCACCACCGCAGCACAUCUCUGAUGAUGAAACACAAGUGCCAACUACUGUGGCUUUCUACAGUAUGCAGACCGGCAAGGAGGGCAGGGUUGAGGAGUGGGUGGAAGAUGAUGUGGAGGAUGAUGAGGUCCUAGACCCCAUAUGGAAUGAAGGUCAUGCGAGUGACGUGUGCAGUUUGGAGGAAGAGGCGGUGGUCACAGAGGCACCAGCACAGCACAAGAGGGAGCAGGGUGCAAAAGCAGAACGCCCGUCCCCUAGACGGUACGCCUGCUACUGCUCACCGCACCCAGGGACAGAGCACACCAAAGCCAGCUCCAAGGAGUUCCCUGGCGUGGCAGUUCUUCAGACAAUGUGCUGAUGGCAAGACAUGAGUGGUUUGCACGCUGUGCAAUCCGAGUCUGAAGCGAGGCAUAAACGUGCUAAACCUGAGUACAACCUGCAUGACCAGGCAUCACAUGCAAAGCACGAGCUGCAGUGGAGUAAGCACAUCAAAAACCAAGAAAGGUCUCAGGCUCCUCCUGCUUCCUCUUCUGCUGCUGUCUCUACCUCUUCCUCCACCUCUGGAGUGACAGUGGCACCUGCCACCCAGAAAACAGGAUGUGGCAGAAACGCCACCACCGUCCCCAUGCAUCUCCACACUGUCCCAUGGAAGCGUUCAGCUGUCCAUCUCCCAAACACUGGAGAGAAAGAGGAAGUACCCCCGUAGCCACCCGCGAUACCUGGCCCUGAAUGCCAGUAUUUCAAAAUUGCUGGCCUUUGAAAUGCUGUCAGUCUGGUGGAGACUGACAGUUUUAAAAACCUGAUGGCGGUGGCUGUCCCACAGUACGUGGUUCCCAGCCGAGCCAUCCCUUCACAACCAAUUGUUGGACAAAAUCAGGUGUGCACUGCGCAACGCCAUCCGUGGCAAGGUCCACAUAACUACUGAUACAUGGACCAGAGACGCUAUAUCACCCUAAGUGCACACUGGGCAAAUGUAGUGGCGGUUGGGCCUGACGCAGAUAGCAGUUUGGCGCACGUCCUUGCGCCACUGAGGAUUGCAGGGCAUUUCUUUGCCGCCUCCUCUGCUGCUUCCUCCUCUACCACCACCUCUUCCGGUCAGCGUAACACCUUCACCACCAACUUCAGCACAACCAGGGGGAAACAGCACGCUGUUUUAAAACUCAUAUGUUUGGGGGAAAAACCCCACACUGUGCAGGAACUGUGCAUGGAACAGACCGAUGAGUGGUUGUUGCCACUGAGCCUCAAGCCCGGCCUGGUGGUGUGCGAUAAUGAGCAAAAUCUCGUAGCAGCUCUGGGCCUGGCCGGUUUGAAGCAUAUCCCUUGCCUGGCGCAUGUGCUGAAUUUGGUGGUGCAGAAAUUCCUGAAAAACUACCCAGAUAUAUCAGAGCUGCUGCAGAAAGUGUAGGUCGUCUGUGCGCGCUUUCGGCGUUCUCACCCUGCUGCUGCUCGCCAGUCUGCGCUGCAGCGUAACUUCCGCCUUCCCGCUCACCACCUCAUAUGCAACGUUCCCACAAGAUGGAACUCCACCUUGCGCAUGCUGGAGAGACUGAGCAGCAGCAGGCAAUAGUGGAGUCUCAGCUACAGCACGCACGGGUCAGUCGCUCUGCGGAACAGCACCACUUCAACACCAAUGAGUGCGCCUCCAUGCGAGACCCGUGUGCCAUUUUGCACUGUUUCGAGUACUCCACCAACAUGGCCAGUGCCGACGACUCCGUUCUCAGCCUUUCUAUCCCGCUUCUGUGUCUCCUUGAAAAAACGCUUUGGGCGAUGGAAGAAGAUGUGGCACAGGAGGAAGAGGGGUAAUUUCCACGGUUAUCAGGCCAAUCAUUCACAAGUGGCUUGGACCAGCAUAGGCCAGGUACACAAUUGUCCAGGUGUCCGCUCAACUAAAUUCUUGAACCAUUGUAAAAAGCUAUCAUAAAUGUUAAUUGCGGUUACAAAUGUAAAGUUUAUAUUUUUUUGGUUUUGCUAUUUUUAUGAAUGCUGUACACAGGUUAACUGAUUUCUUACAUAUCCAGGAAUGCGCAAAGUGCCCGACGGUUGGAAAGCCUGUUAGCUUCACAGCCAUUACAGUGUAUCAAGGUAAAUGUCUACUAUAUAUUACUACAUAACAGUUAUUACAAGAGUCUAUUACAAAUAAAUAUAUAUUUUUAUCAUCCCAUUAGGUGUCUGGGAGCUGGUUGGGAUUAACCUGACAUGACCUUUCCCAAAGACAGUGAAUGAUUUCUAGUACAUUAAUGGACACGGAUUAUUUCUCCAAGUGGGUAGAGGCGUUUCCUUUGAACACAAAAACUACUGCCGAGGUGGGACGUCAUCUUUGUUCCCUGAUAUACCAACUUGGUUACCCAAAAAGGAUACUUUCUGACCAGGGCAGAGAAUUUUUACUUUCCAUUUACCAUAUAUGUACAAAUGAUUUGGUAAAUUUUUAAAUGAGAAUGUGAAUUUUUUUUGUGUAAGCUUAACGACCGGAUGUGCAGUGUUCUGGGAAUAGUAUCAACCGCAGACAAAUGGGCUAAAUGAGAAAACAAAUGAAUAUUAAGAGGUAAGUUUCAUUCACGUUUCGUGUUCAUUAAGGGGUUUAUUAGAACUUUGCUCCACAAGAUUCACUGUAACUGGCUUAGAGCUAUGUCACAUUACUUUGUAGAGUUUUGUAAAUGUGUUUAUAUUUCUAUUCAUUUCUAGAGCGCUAAAUUGGUAAACUAAAAACAGAACAACUGGGACGUGUAUUUGGAAGCUACAUUAUUUUCUAUCAGAUCAAAGGUCCAAACCACAACCACAUUUUCUCAGUUUGUUCUGAUGUAUGGAAAAGAGGCAGUUUUCCCAGCUGGAGUUCCCGUUGAUCUGCCGGUGAGUAGCUGUUUAUUAAUGUCUGUCACAGCCACAGUAAAAUAUUUGCCUAUAUUACAUGGACUAAUUGUUUUGUAUAUACAGAUCUCACCUGAUUCUGACUACUUGCUAUGUUCAACUUAUGUGGCACAUUACAUUUGAAUGUUAUUUGUUGUUACACUAUUAUCUGGUAAGGUUUGCUUUACGGUCUUUAAAGGUAGUGUGCAUAUACAAACAAACAUGUUUCCGUAAGCAUUUUAAAUAACUAUCAGUUUGAUUUUUCCUUGAAAAUUGUACUACUAAAGUUGAUUUUUUAUAUAAUAUAUUAAAAAAUAAAAAUAAAAUAAAAAACACAUUCCUACUAUAUUGUGUUACUAUUUAAAUAAUUUGUUCACCAGCUGUCAAAUACCGUUCUGCCGGUGGAGAAGAAUUAUGUAAUGUAUAUGGAGGAAAGGAAAUCGAGGGAGUCGAUAGAAGAAGCAACGCUGGAGAAUAUAGCCAAGUUGCAGGAAAAGCAUAAGGUAGCAUAUGCGAAGAGAAUGCAGAAGAAACACAGGGAUUUACACUACAAAGUUGGCGGCGAAGUUCUCCUUUACAAUAUUAGGAAACGUGGUAGAAAAGGAGGAAGGAUUGAGCUUGACUUCCUUGGCACUUAUAUCAUCAAGGAGCUGUGUGGCAAUAUGGUUAAGUUGGCAAAUCCUGACAAUGUUACCCUGAAGGAGUAA